AUGAGUAGUACGUUCAUAGAGCAACAUAUCCAGAAAUUCAUAGAACUAUAAAAAAAAUUACAAUUUUUUUCUCUGCACCAAGAGAGUACUAGUAAUAUUGGCUUUAAUUAGGAUAGUAUAAUUGAUGAUAAAAAGAAGAUGCUUGAUAAGGAACUAAUAGCCAUGAUAUUUUAGGUAAAUGAUUUAAUGAUACUAAGAAAAUCACUUGGCUAAUAAUUGUAUGAGUAUGUUAAAACUGAAAGUCAUUUUAAUAGAGUUAGGUAAAAUUUGGGUUAUUAGAUUAAGCGAUUUAGCUCAUAUUUAGCUUUUGAGACCCAUCAAAGUGUCAUUAAUAGAAGAAUUGAAAAGGGCAAUUUGAAAUGGCAAAGGUGUUAAAAAGCUUUGCUUGAUAAUACAAAGGAUAAUUGGUUUCUAAAAGAACCUUUGCUAUAGUCUAUUGAUAGACUUGAAUUAGUAGACGCUUACAAAAUAGAAAAUGGUCAAAUACUGAAGAAAUUUGAGAUAAAGUUGAGAAAAUAAAAAGAAUCAUUUCUUAAAGGGUUAUUCGUUUUAGUUCCAAAGUCAUCUUUGCUUUCAUUAGCUCUAUUUGGAUUCAAGAAUGAGGAUAGCAGAUAAGAUAUCUAUAGAAAUCACUAUCUGAAGAUACCUCACACUUAUUUGAAAAAUAAUCAAUCAGUGAUUGAAAAGAUGCUGAUUGAAGAUAAGUACAAACCACAUCCAUAAGUGAUAAAAGCAUAUAGUUCAACAUCCAGUUAAGACUUAAAGGAUAAACUUAUUAAGAACUUAUAAAAAGAAAACAGAUGUUCAUUCUUCUGUAUAAUUUUGUGUAGAGUAAUCAUAACUGAUCAGAAUGACACUAAUUCCCUUACCUACCUAAAUCCUAAAACUGACUGCUAUGAAAUUAAAGAUCCCUCUUGCAUAUAUCCUGAGUAUAUAAUGCUUGCUCGAACUAUUAAAAAACAAACUAAUGGGAGCAACAUGGUAAUAUAGGCAUCACACAGUGCAAAAAUAACAAUAAACACCGAGUAAUAGCUAUAAGAGCAGUUGAAUCAAAACAAGGAUUAAAUAAUUGAAUUUAAAACAUAGAUUAACUUCAAACUGCAAAACUUCUGGUCAAGAUUGAAGUCGAAUGAAUUUAAGCAAGCUUAGAUAAAAGAAUUUGGAAACAGAGAGAAUAUUUUAUAAGGCCAGAUUAAGAAAGAAAUUAGGUAUCAUUAAACAUAGCUUGGGCUUGAGAAAUCUGACACUGAAGAUUUGUAAUUAAUCAAAAAUACAAAAGUAUAAAAUACUAAUAAUAAUUCUUGA